CGCCCCUCCAGCGGGGCUGGUCUCUGGCCGGGCACCGUCGCGGGCCCCCCUGGCCCGGCCACCUGGGACUGUGCUGAGAGUCGGCCACCUCCCUCUCUCCCCUGGCCCGCAAAGUUUGUGGCGAAGCCGGCGCCGGGCAGAGCGCCCCCGGGGGGAGAUCCGGGAGCGCCCGAUGCCGAGCGGCAGGAGCCGUUGACCCCGGACUCCGCCGUCCGGGGCAGGAACGCGGAGCAGUCGGCCAGCCGCCGCCUCCGGUGCAUGGGGACCGGCUGAGGAGCCAGCAUGGGCAACUGCGUGGGGAGACAGCGCCGUGAGAGGCCGGCCGCCCCAGGACACCCCCGCAAACGAGCAGGACGCAAUGAGCCCCUGAAGAAGGAACGGCUCAAAUGGAAGAGUGACUACCCCAUGACCGAUGGGCAGCUUCGGAGCAAACGGGAUGAAUUCUGGGACACGGCACCUGCCUUUGAGGGCCGCAAGGAGAUCUGGGAUGCCCUCAAGGCUGCUGCCUAUGCUGCCGAGGCCAAUGACCACGAGCUGGCUCAGGCCAUCUUGGAUGGAGCCAGUAUCACUUUGCCUCAUGGCACCCUCUGUGAAUGCUACGACGAGCUGGGCAAUCGUUACCAGCUGCCCAUCUACUGCCUGUCGCCACCCGUGAACCUGCUGCUGGAGCACACUGAGGAGGAGAGUCUGGAGCCCCCCGAGCCUGUCCCCAGUGUGCGCCGUGAGUUCCCACUGAAGGUGCGCCUCUCCACGGGCAAGGACGUGAGGCUCAGCGCCAGCCUGCCUGACACAGUGGGGCAGCUCAAGAGGCAGCUGCACACCCAGGAAGGCAUCGAACCAUCCUGGCAGCGGUGGUUCUUCUCUGGAAAGCUGCUCACAGACCGCACACGGCUCCAGGAAACAAAGAUCCAGAAAGAUUUUGUCAUCCAGGUCAUCAUCAACCAGCCCCCACCACCCCAGGACUGAUGGGCCCGUGGACUCCUGGGAAGAGAGGCCAUGGAGGGCCUCUGCAGGGCUGAGCAGCUGGCCUGGAGCACGAGGCCCCCCACCCUGCUGCUGCCUUCAAGUGCUGUUGUUUUCUUUAAGGGCAUCUCCCCGCUCUAUGGCUCUGGGUGAGCCGUGAAGGGACCCUGCCUCCCAGGGGCACUGUGGGCCACCAGUGCCCAGCACCCAGGGAACAAUGCUGCCACACACAGGCCUUGCCAACCUUGUCAGAGAAAAGGUGACUGGGGCCCUCCACCCUGCAUCUCUCCUGAAGCAGGUUGGAGCCACAGGGGCCAACCUGGAGGCCCUGAGGCCCAGAUCUGUCAUCCGGUGCUGCACUGUGCUCACUCUGGUUUUCUGCUCAGGGUCGGGAAGCAGCUGCUGUCUCCCUCCUCCGCUCCCACCCUGACUUUGCCCUGGGCACAGUGCCAGUCCCCUUGGGAGGAGGGAACCACCAGUGAGUCCCAGGGCUUGGGGAGCCUGAGGCAGGCGGGCCUCUGCCUCUCCCUGCCUCCAGCACAAUUGGCAGAGGUGAGGCAGGGGGCUGGAUGGUUGGGCUUUGUGGCAGGGGUCUGCACGGGGCCAUUUCCUGGCUGUAACUCAAGUGGUGGUGGGUCUGCAGCCUGGUCAUGGCCUCCUCAGCAGGUCCUCAUGUACAGACAUAUGUGCAUAUUUAUCAAUAAAGCCUUUGGCUCCUCCUCUUUUGCCUGGCAUUCAA